UAAUAGGGAGGAUAUCCGGUAAUGUCGGUGUAGUAAUUUAAGUGGUGGGGUCGAUGCUUCUUUUUCCGGCAACCGGCGUCCAUUUUCGUUGUUGGCUUGUCGAAGAUUUGGCGCGUUUGGUAUCUAUGAACAGAUAAUUCAACGAUAAGCCAGUCAAAAUUUACUGAACGCCCACGAUACGUUGGCGAAGUAGUUGUGAUCAGAAAAAAAGAAAAGAGCUUCGUUGGUUGAUCUGCGAAUAUUAGACAGCGUCUGUCGUUGCGGUGAAUGAAAAUUUCGUCGCUCAUAAGGAAAUCUCGUUGGAAUAAAUUUUAGAUACCGAUCGAUCAAUGGAAGGCGCGCCAGCCAGCAGGGGUGGAUUUCGUGGUGGACGUGGUGGCCCAGGCGGCCCUAUGAGAGGACGCGGCGGUUUUGGGGACAGGGGAGGAAGUAGAGGUGGCCCUCCGAGGGGUGGUGGUAUGAUGAGAGGUGGCAGAGGUAGUGGACCUGGAGGUGGAAUGAGAGGUGGACCACCAGGAAUGAGAGGUAGAGGUGGUCCACCUGGAAGAGGUGGUCGUGGUGGACAUUUCCCUCCUGGGGGUCCACCGGAACCAGGAAUGUCCAGUGGUCCAGGAGGUGGUGGACCACCACCACCAGGAAUGGGAGGCCUACCACGUGGUGGUAGCAGAGGAGGUGGAAGUAGUGGUUUCCGAGGCAGAGGAAGAGGUGAUUUUGGUAGGAGUGACAAUCCUAGAGGUAGUAGCAGUUUCCGUGGACGAGGAAUGGAUAGAGGUAGCAGAGGAGGAUCUCGAGGUGGCUCUGGUAGAGGUGGCCUAGGUGGAAGAGGCUUUGGUGAUCGUGGAAGUAGAGGAAGUAGUGGACGCGGUGGCAGUGGCCCGUCGAAAAGAGGAGGUGGGCCACCAGGCUCGAGCGGACCUUCAAAAAGGCCGAGAUUUGAUCAACCAUCUUCGCAAUCCGCGAAUGGUUAUGCCACUCAACCACCAAGUCAAGGAUAUGGAGGUGGUACUAGCAAUGCCUAUGGUGGAGGGCAGCAACAACCACAGCAGCAGCAGCCAGUAGGAUACGGUGGUGGUUAUGGAUCACAAAAUUAUACUCAGUCUUCGUAUCAAAGUUACGAAAGUUACCAACAGCCGCCAGAUUAUGGUCAAACAGCUGGAUAUCCACCAUCAGCAGCUACUGAUAGUAGGUAUGGAGGAGCACCUGCUGUACCAACUACAGGAGCUUUCAGUACUGGUGAUCCUUAUAGCUAUGGCAAAGCUCCACCAUCAGCCAAUUACCAACAGGAGGCAGUGGCAGCAGGGGGUGGGGGUGCAGGUUAUGCCCCUGUUAACCCUUACGAUGACCGAUCUUCUAAUGCCACUUCUAUGAGCAACAGGGGUGGUUACUCGACGCAACUUUAUGAUUACUCCAGUCAAGAUGGUGUGUACGGGAAACAAGAUUAUGGUGGCAGUGCUGGUUACCAAAACGCCCAGUCUCAGCGACGUUAUUAAAUUACACUUGCAACUAUUUAAUUUUACAUAUUUAAAUGUCAUUUCUUUCCAAAUUUCAAAAGAAAACAAGAAAAGUUGUUCCUAGCGCGUGAAAAAGUUGGACAAAUAUCAUUUGUCACGAACACCAAAUAUUUCUUAAUAUUUCAUCGGAGGAAUUAUAUUCAGAUAAAAAAAGUAUACCCGUAGGAAAAAAAAGAAAGAAAGAAAGAAAAUUCGAGAACAGAUUCAAUGAAAUUUCUGAAUAUAAUUUUCUAUCUUUGUCGCGCGCAUGGAAAACCCGUCAAAUUACGCGUUAAACGCGAGCAAUUGUUUAAUUACGAUUUAAAAAAAAGAGAAAGAAGAAGAAGUAUAAAUGACAUGAGCGUUUUAUACUUGACUCAGCAGUAUAGCAUCUACUUUUGUCACAUUUGGUUCAGAACAUUGUUUUUUAGGAUUAAGUUUAGUUGAUGUACAGUUUAUCUUUCUUUUCCUUUAUCUGCGAUUGUGAAGUAUGAAAUUGUAAUUAUUAAGGGUAAAGAAUAUUCACUCUGUUUGUAAAGUCAUUAAUUGGUCGAUCAUUGUGAACAAACGCAUAUAGUUCAAUUAUCUUCAAAGGAGUAGGUGCAAAAAGAUCAAUAUCUUACUGUUCUGCGUGGAAAAAGAAAAACAGGAGCAAAUAAUUGUAUAUUAUGGUAUUUUGUUUUUUACACUUAACUAUGAAUUGAAGAGAAAGAAUCUUGUAUCAGAAUAUAAACUGCCCCUCUUUAAGCGUUUGAUAGUGCGACAUUUUUAUUCUGGUAAUACUUGUGUUGUCAUUUAGCAACAAGCUUAUAAUAUAACGAUUGAGUCCGACUGUUGCGACAUUUCAUUUCCUAUAUAUAUAUAUAUACAUAUGCGUAUAUCCACAAUUAUACUUUCAACUUGCAAAUUCAAUUUUUAUGCGAACUAUAUAAAAUACUCUGCUUAGUGGUGACAGAGAUUUCUAAAAAGUUAAAUGGAUAAUGUUAGAAAGUUUAAUGAUGAUUUUAGGAAUUUCUUCUAGCUGUUUAAGUAGUGAUUAUGUAUUGAAAUGUCACACCGGCAGAGACAAUCAAAAUGGCAUAUUAGCGGUUAAAAAAGAAAAAGAAAAA